AUUUUUUUUAAUUUUUUUCCAUCCUCCACGAGUGAGCGAACCUGCUGGUGCAUCUGCUUGCCGGUAGACAGAAAGCGGGAUAUGAGCUACACCGAACCGCUGUGGGAGAUCAAUGGAAAUCAAGCACCAAUAUCUUUCAGAUACCGGCUUUUGGAUUUUUGCGUGGUUCGUGUUGCCUGGACCAACCGAUUCUCUCAGAUGAAAUCUAUUCGCGACAGGUAAUCGCGGCGGAAAUGUCACAGUACGUCGGCGGUGAUAUCGCCAGCUACCCGAUGUGGGAUAGUUCCGUGUUAUAUCAAGCACAGCCGUCUACCCAUCCACACGUGAACGAGCACGGAUUGUACAGACAACCCUGCGCCUUGUUACACCAGAGUCGUUAUACGCCAAACGGCCGUUCGCCGAAUCUGCCGUCAUCGACGACGAAGAAACCGAGGCGUCGAGUGGCCACGGUCUCCCAGAGGAGAGCCGCGAAUAUCCGGGAGAGGCGCAGAAUGUUUAAUCUAAACGAGGCAUUCGAUAAACUCCGCAGGAAAGUACCGACGUUCGCUUACGAGAAACGGCUUUCAAGAAUCGAAACGUUGCGUUUGGCCAUAACGUACAUCGCUUUCAUGGGAGAGCUACUCGGUAUCGAGCCAAGUAGUCCGAAACCGGAGUACAUACCACGAGAAUAUUACUUGCCGAACUGAAUCUCUUUCUUGUCUGUCAAAGAAGUGUUGAUGCGGGCCGAUGCGAGACUUAUCAAUGUUCGAACUACUAAUUCGACGAAACACAUGUCUUCCAUUAUUGAUUAGUAUUAUAGUGUUAAAUCAAGAGAUGGACAAUUUAACGUAUGUCCGUAUAUAUAUAUAUAUAUAUGAUACUUCUCUCAGACUAUUAUACUCGAUCCUUUUAUCCUUCCUCUCAGUCUAUUAAUCUUUUCGAUACUAUAUUCCGCAACGUUAUGAUUGCAAAAAUGAUUGCAAUAAAAAAGAAAUGUAAAAAUAAUUUUUAAAUAUAAUGAAUUUUUUUAAUGGUUCCACAAAACAUUUGAUCUCAAUAGUAUCGAAAUGAUUAAAAUCUCUGUCAAUCAAAUCUUUCCUUAUAUACCCACGCAGACAAUAAUCUUGUAUCUCGAUUAUCGCAAAUCUUGCGUGAUUAGAGGAAUCGAUUGCGAGAUAUGAAGAGAUAAUAUAAAUUAAACUUUUCUGAUGUCCUUUAUUAUUCGAAAUACAGAAAUUGUAUAUUGUAAGAUGGGGUUACAAAAUAGCAAAAUAAAAAAAUGUUUUGCGAUUUUUCGUGUCAAGAAAAUUAAUCAGCGCGAGCAACGAGAUUCUGAAUAUCGAAAGAUUAUAAAAUUAAAUUAAUUUUUUUUUUUCAAUAUUAAUAAAAAUUUAUUUAUUCGAAAUUGUUCUUGUUGGCACAACAUAUAACCCCAUCUUGUAAUUUCUAAUUUAAAUAAAACAACUGUAUGUUGCUGAUUACUGUGUGAAUAAAUAA